CCAAACUACAACUUGUACGAUCAGAAAAAGGUGUAACAGCGAUUGUAAAGGAAUUUGUAGGUCCCAAUCUACAGAACCGUGCACUGUUACUUCAUUUCAAUCAAUAAUAGGCGAGAAAAAUACAUUUGAACUUGACGGCUGAUGACGUCAUCGAUCUGGACGAGGUCACGGCGUCCUAGGUCACUCCGACCUAAUCUCUCGGAGCAGAGCGAACUGGUCAUUUCACUUCUUGCCUUGAUCGCAUUAAGACGUGAAAAAUUUCGUGGUGACUUUUACCAACUCAUUCGAAUCAGAAUCAUGGACGUUUACCGAAUCGAUUUUGUCUCACUGAAUGAGAGUGUGAAGAAGAUGAGGCUUCGGACUCGUCUUCUGGAAGAGAGAGGAGUCAAGCUCCCGAAGGCGCCGUCCCAGAGGCCUGCAGCAGUGGCGGCACCCGUCCCCCUGUCCGUCUCGGAGGGGGACGUGGUGGCCCGUCAGGGGCCGCUCUCCCAGCCGGGCGCGAAGGUAUGGCACCGUUUUAACUUCAAGAGUUUUUCACGCAUUGACACUUCCUCCAGCACUCCGGCGCUAGUGCACCCUUCGAACGUCCCGUCUCAGGUCCCAAACAAGGGCAUAUCAGCACCGACCGUCCGGGCAAAAACAUCCCAACUCCCGAGCAAGAUGGCGGAAGGGCUACAGAAGGAUGAGGAGCUCGAGAUGUCGGUGGGGCUUCUGUGUAGUGCCGCCAUAGGGGGUGCAUGCAGACAGCUCCUCGGAGAUCUCAUUCCAUCCGGAGAUCAUGAGCUAGAAACCACAGACAGGAAUCUUCUUGAACUGCUGGAGCCUGUCCUUCAGCAAAAGGGGGUAGAAGAUAAGAAGGAAGAGGAGCUGGAGAGAGCCGAGAAGAAAGAAGACGGCCUCCAUCUGAUGGCGGAGCCAGAGCAGAACUCCCCAAAAGAGAUUCCAUCCGGAGAUCAUGAGCUAGAAAACACAGACCUUGAUGAACUGCAGCCUGCCCUUCAGCAGAAGGCGGUAGAAGAUAUCGAGAAGAAUGAUCCGGAGCUGGAAAGAGCCGUGCAUUUCCUUUCAUCCACGGCGAUUCUUGACGCCGGCAGAGAGCUCCUCGAGGAGAUGGCGCUGUCAUGUGAUAGGGAGUUGGGAGAGGAGAGCAGUGGUCUGGAGAAGCAGGAGAAGAAUGUUCUCCAACAGGAGAAAGCUGAUCUCGCCCUCCAGCAGGAGAGAACUGAGUGUAGUCUCCAGGAGGAGAAGACAGAAGAUGGCCUCCAUCCGGAGGAGCCAGAGCAGAACUUACCAAAAAAGAUUCAUCAGAAAAAAACUACAAAGAAGGGCUGGAAGGCACGGGGGAGGAGGGUGGUCAGGAGGUUGAGGAGAGCGUUCCGCGUCCUCACCUCGUGCUGCCGGCCCUGUGUAGCCCCGUAGUGCUUUAAUGAGUUAAUGGUAGCGAAAUGUGUUAAUGUUAGUGAAAUUUAGGUUGAAUGGUGAAUCUUUAAUGUUAGCGAAGUUUAUGUUGAAUGAAAUGGAAAAGAUUGAUGUUCGCGAAAUGUAUCAUGUGGAAUGGAAAAGCUUUCUUCAUGUUCGGGAAAUUGAUGUACAAUUGAAAAGUUUUUUAUGUUCGCGAAAUUGAUGUAGAAUGGAAAAGCUUUCUUAAUGUUCGCAAAAUUGAUGAAGAAUGGAAAAGCUUCCUUAAUAUCAGCGAAAAACAAUGUUGGAUGGAGCUCUCUUAAUGUUUGCGAAAUUUAAGGCUGAAUGGAUAAGUUUAAUGCUAGCACAAUUUAUGCUUAAAAAAACAAUGAGAGGGCUAGCGAAAUGUGAACAUACAGAUGUAGUAAACGAUAACGAUACAUUACUGUUUUACAGUACUAUUGUUAACAUGUUAGUAAUGCUAGCUCGAAAAAGUGUAAUCAUGGUUCUCCAUGGCUGUUCCAUUUAUAAGAAUAAACCGAAUGGAAGAUGAA